GGAUUAUCAUAAGUUCACAACCCGGAAGAAGCGGUGCGCACGUGUUUGGUUUGUUUAUAUUCGUCUUGCAGUUCAUGUGCCGAUUUUAAUUUUUUUAAGACUCAUCUGAUAUGAGUCAGUUUAAAUCAAGUUUUGCUGUUUCUUUCAAGUAUGAAGCAUGUUAUACCGGUGGAAGAGUACAGAUAUCAAGAGAUGGCUCAUCAGUAUUCUGUGGAUGUGGGAACAAAGUCCAAAUCGUGGAUUAUAAAUCUGGCAGGAUACAGCAGGCAGUUGGAAAGGAAGAAGAUGAAGAAAUUUCCUGUUUUUGUCUAAGUCCUGAUGAUAAGUUCUUGAUCAUUGCCACACACAAUCUGCUGCUGAGACAAUGGGACUGGAAAGAAAAAAAACUUCUGUGGACAUGGAGGAUAAUCCACGUAUCGCCUAUAUCCUGUAUGACCUUUGACACGACCUCAAGCCUGCUGGCGACCGGUGGCAGUGAUUCGACGAUUAAGAUGUGGGACAUCACCAAGCAGUAUUGCACACACAAUCUGCGUGGACAUGAGGGCGUAGUCAGUGUUGUGAGUUUUAACCCAGACAUGGACCGACUGCAGCUGGUGUCUGCGGCCGAUGAUUACAAGGUUCGCGUCUGGGAUCUGAGGACGAGUUCCUGUGUGGCUGUCGUCGAUGCUCACUACAGCAGAAUUACAGCGCUCGUCUUCUCACAAGACGGCACUCACAUGUACAGUGGAGGCAGGGACAGUAUCAUAGCAGUGUGGAGUAUGAAAAAAGUGAAAGUUACGAAAACGAUACCAGUGUUUGAGAGUGUUGAGUCCUUAGUGCUGCUGGAUUCGGAGCGAGAGUACAAAUUUAUUGAUACACAAGACGAUGCUCAACCACAUGUUGUCGUCGUGGGAAAUAAAGGAGCGUUGCGAGUGAUAAACACUGUGACGAGGACUUGUGUACACGAGCAGUCUUGUAUCAGGUGUGUUUGUUUUAUCGAUUGUUUGAUCUGUGAUUGUGUUCCAGGAGCGUUGCGAGUGAUAAACACUGUGACGGGAACGUGUGUACACGAGCAGUCUUGUAUCAGGUCGGCGGACCGUGAUGGCGACCAGACAAUCACGGACAUCAUCUACUCGGACAGUCUGAGACAGCUCGCGGUUGUCACGUUCGACCACGAUAUUCUCUUUUACAGAGACGAAGACUUGACUCUGCAGAAACAGCUGUCUGGUUUCAUAGACGAGAUACUUGAUGUGAAAUUUCUUGGCGAAACCGACUCCCACCUGGUCGUCAUUAGCAACAGUAACAAGCUGAAGGUGUUUGAGGUGGACACCUGGGACUGUCAGAUUCUAGCGGGUCACACUGACAUCAUCCUGAGUGCCGACGUCUGUCACAAGUUUGGGCUAAUCGUCACAUCCUCUAAGGACAACACUGUGAGGCUGUGGAAGCUGCUGCCCGACACCGGCCGUGUGGUUUGCGUGGCUGUGGGAUGUGGACACACACAUGCCGUGGGAACUGUGGCCUUCUCUAGAAAGUCGACGACGUUUCUUGUAAGUGGUGGCCAAGACAGUACACUAAAGAAAUGGCUGCUUCCGUCGGAACUGGACACGGAUGUUGUUACAAGUCUGCCUGUGUUGGCCACAGAGCGUGCUCACGAAAAAGACAUUAAUUCAGUGGUCGUGUCGCCCAAUGAUAAAUUCGUAGCCACCGGGUCACAGGACAGAACGGCAAAGCUUUUCAAGAGUUCUGACUUAUCUCUGAUCGGAGUGUUUCGUGGCCACAGGCGGGGAAUCUGGUGUGUGCAGUUUUCUCCAGUUGAUCAGUGCCUUGCCACAAGUUCUGCUGAUGGAACAAUAAAAAUCUGGAGCAUAAUAGAUUUCUCAUGUGUAAAGACAUUUGAAGGCCAUGACAGUUCUGUUCUACGAGUAAGUUUCAUCACCCGAGGAAUGCAGCUCGUGUCAUGUGGGUCUGACGGACUGGUCAAGCUGUGGACGAUCAAGUUAAGCGAGUGUAUCAAGACGUUUGAUGAACACUCGGCCAAGGUGUGGGCGCUGGCGGUCGGCAGACAGGAGGAUCGGCUGGUCACUGGCGGAGCAGACUCCACGCUCGUCAUCUGGAAGGAUGUGACAGAGACUGAGAUUGAGGAGACUAAACAGAAGCAACAAGAGAUGAUAUUACAAGAACAAGAACUGUCCAACUUGAUUCACAAGAAGAAGUUUUUGAAGGCCAUAGGUUUGGCCAUCACACUGGAGCAGCCAUUUAGAUUACUGACCAUACUGAGAGAUAUUUUGUCGGAGAAGGAUGGGUCUACUCAAGUGAAGAAUGUUUUGUCGCAACUAAGACCGGAUCAGACUGAUUCCCUGCUCCGGUUUGCCAUUCAGUGGAACACGAACAGCAAGAACUGUCACGUUGCUCAGUUUGUCGUGGGCGUCGUUUUGAAAACUGUCGAAUCAUCAGAUAUCCAGCAGCUGCCCAACAUCAAGUCGACUCUGGAAGGUCUUAUCCCAUACACAGAGCGUCACUUCCAGAGGAUGAAUCGUCUCCUGCAGCAGGCCAUGUUUGUGGAGUACACCUGGCAGUGCAUGAGAACAGCUGGAGAUCAGGUAGAGGACCCCUCAAAGAAGGUGAUUCUGCAUGACAAAGAAAAGACGACGAAGCGAGACCGAUCGCGUGAAAAUGGUGUGGACAAGGACAUUACGACAGAGACGCUAUCUAGUAAAAAAGUGAAAUCCCGACACAAAAGUGAUUAAACCUGUUUAAAAUAUGUCAAUAAAAGUUGAUUCAAACAGC